AUGGCGUCAGAGCAAAGCCCCCUCUUAGGGGACCACGGACAGCAUGCUCGUGAUCAAGUGGAUGAGGUGACGCGUGUUGAUGACAAAAGGGCCACGGGAUGGCCCAGAAUCCGUGAGAUCGCAACAUUCGUUUGGGCAUUAGUUGCCACUGCCGCGUUAAUAGUCGUUGCUGUGUGGACUCAGCACUAUGAGCAAACAUGCGGACACGGUUCUCGCGCGGCCAAACGGAAUCUCAUCUUCAUGGUUUCUGACGGGAUGGGACCUGCCUCGCUCUCACUCACCAGGAGUUACCGUCAGCAUGUUGAGGGACUUCCUGAAGGAGACACUCUCACUUUGGACAGCUACUUCUGGGGCUCGAGCCGGACCAGAUCCAGCAACAGUUUGGUCACAGACAGUGCUGCCGGCGCCACGGCGUUUUCCUGCGGCAAGAAGAGCUACAAUGGCGCCAUUUCCAUGCUUCCCGACCUCCAGCCGUGUGGCUCCGUGCUUGAGGCCGCCAAGAGAGCCGGUUAUAUGACGGGUUUGGUUGUCACAACCGAUAUCACAGACGCGACUCCAGCUUGCUUCGCCAGUCACGUAAUGCUAAGACAAAUGAAGGAUGAGAUUGCCCUCCAGGAAAUCGGACAUGGACCCUUGGGACGGUCUGUUGACCUCAUGCUGGGAGGCGGCCGUUGCCAUUUCUUGCCGAAUAGUACCGCCGGAAGCUGCCGGCUGGAUGAUAUCGACGUAGCUGGACUAGCGCAAGACAAGCAUGGAUGGCAAUAUGCUGACAGCCGCAAGGCUUUUGAUGCCCUAGAAGGCGGUAACAAUGCGACUUUGCCUUUGCUCGGCUUGUUCGCCUCCACAGACGUGCCAUUCGAACUGGAUAGAAUGAAGAUGAACGACGUCUACCCGUCUCUCAGCGAGAUGACUGAAACCGCUCUACGUGCCCUCGAAAAGGCUACAGCCAGGAGCGACAAGGGAUUUUUCCUCAUGGUCGAAGGCAGCCGUAUCGAUCACGCAGGACACAUCAACGAUCCUGCUGCCCAGGUUCGCGAGGUCCUGGAGUACGACAAGGCCUUUGGCGCAGUAUUGAAGUUUAUUCAUGACAGCGAAACCGAAAGUACGUUGGUUUCCACCAGCGACCAUGAAACCGGUGGUCUUUCCACUGCUCUCCAAGAGCCUGGCCAUUUGCCUGUUUACAACUGGUACCCGCAAGCUCUGGUAAACGCCUCUGCAUCAUGCGAGAAACUGGCAACCAACUUGCAGAACCAUGUAUCCAAAAACGCCCAGUCUACUUCAAAGCAACAGCUCAAGUCAUGGAUCAACCACGAGCUCAUUAUUCCAGGCCUAGGCAUAUCCGAUGCCACUGAUGAAGAGCUGUCUCUCCUGGCAGAUGAUCCCGAGGGAUCCGUCAAUACAUUCGCAGCCAUCAUUUCCCUUCGUGCCCAUAUUGGCUGGAGCACACAUGGCCACACGGCUGUGGACGUGAAUGUCUACUGCUCCGGUGGUCCGGAGACGGAAAAAAUCCGUGGCAAUGUUGAAAACACAGACAUUGGUAAAUUCCUCAGUCACUAUCUCGAAGUAGACGUGGAUAAAAUCACCCAGGAACUCAGAGAGAAAAUGACCAAAAAGUAUGUGUUGCAGAGCAGCCAGCAACCGGAGAAGGUGUCCUGGGGAUCCGACUCAUACCAUAAACUUGAACCACAUCUCGACAACAGGUCUUAUUUUCGCUUCGGAAAGCAAGUUGGAGAAGCAGAGCGAGUACCCUCGAGCUUCUUUGCAAAGCAUAAUGCCUGUGACUGGAGUUUCAGGAAGCAGCUAGAUAGUAGCGACGUUAUCUUCAUGAGCACUGUUGACGUGCAGAAAUUUCUUCUUUACGAGACUCAUUGGCAGAUUGACCAGGUUAUAAUUUGUCGUGCCCUUGUGUACCUGGUGUGCUCAACGAUGAGGCUAGUCAUAGGUCUGUGUUCUAGCAUACGGGGGUUUGAAUAUGACAGUUGA